CUGGAAUUUGACACUCCGUAAGAUGGCCGAAACCUAAUCCAUUCAGAAAUUUUCUUUGUUUUCAUUUCAGUUUUAAGUGCCUUAAUGCGUUUAGUUUGAUGAAAUUGUUGUAUUUUCAAAGUUUCCCCAUAAAAUCCUAUUGGAAGAGACGAGUGCAGAAGGUGUUCCAGUGAGUUCCAUCAGAGUGCAUAAAAAAAGUGUCAAUGCAGUGUUGUUAAAUUCCAAAUAGAAUGAGAUGGAUUGACGUUUUUUAAAAGUGUCAAUUCUCGUGGAAUUUUGGACAUUUUAUGUAUUAGAAAUCGUUUACUAAAAAUACGAGUUGUUUGAGUGGAUUGUUAUACAAUGCCAAAGAAUGUGAAUGGAAUGCCAUUAGAGUGAGAUAGUAAUUUGGCACAUAGUUCAGACAUUGAUUCAGGACCCUGGAUUAAAAGAUUGUGAUAGGCCUGUUUUUCUGGAUUGGGACAGUCUUAACUGGAAAUAUGUGUGUUCUGGAUGGAGGCUGGUGUGGAAAGUUAAGCACCAUGUAAAGUGAGAUCAUGGGCCAGCAUCCCGGCCAAAUCAUCAUGAGUAACAGUGCACCAGCCCGGUCGCCGGGCUACCACCAAAAGGCCAUGGAGGUGAUCCACAAUUCACUCCUGCCAUUUGCAAAGAGUGGUGGUGAGGUCUCCAGUGCGGCCAGUACUAUAUCUAAUUUAUCUGUAACUAGUGGAGUCAGUUCAUUGAAUAGUUCAUUGUCUGGUUCAAAUGGUGCAGAUAAAGAAUUAAUCCUGUUAAAACAAACACUUACUCAAUUACUUAACAUGGGUUACCCAGAGGAAUCUUCAUUUAGGGCUUUGAAAUUCAGUGGUGGUAGAUUGGAUGGAGCAAUUGAUUAUCUCUCGAAGCAGCAGAAUGAUGUUGGGAAUAAGAUUAAACUAAAUAGGAAACCUAGUAUAGAAAGAGAGAUCUUGCAUAGGGGCUCACCAGCAUUGGACAGUGGCGCUGGAAGUUCUCGAUCUGAUAGCCCUAGAUUAAUUGAUCCUAGCCGCCAGUACUCUCCUAGCAGUUUCAGUGAACCACCCCCACCUCCGCCGCCACGAAAUACGCCACCGCCGCCCCCACCUCAUGCACCUUAUCAAUCAGUCUCAAAUGUACAGCAAAUGCUAAAGAGGAUGUCUCCUGCUCCUGUUGUGCCUGCCAGACCGCCUCCUGCUAUCCCAGGUUACAAUUCAUCAGCGUCAUCUCAAAGAGGCACUAGUCCGGUAUCAAAUGUCUCAAGUUCUUCAGGAAGACAACCAAUGGUUGUUCAAAAUGGUCCUCAAGUACAACAACAACUAUCACAGCAAAUACAAGCUUUGUAUCAAAACUCUAACUCAAAUUCUGCUGAACCCCCGCCUCCCUAUCCUCUAAUACCCUCGCAACCGUCGGCUCCACCUCCACCACCUUCAUACACAACUGCUAUACAAAAUCGCCAAAGCCCUACGCAAGAUUUCCGGAAAAGUCCAUCGUCGGGAAUCUAUUCUGGUUCGACUUCUGCGGGCUCGCCAAGUCCUAUACCUGCAUCCACUGCGACUCCUACCCCUAUUAGCAGACCUACUGCAAUGCAAGCUUGGAGCUCCCGUCAAGCCAAAACUCAGCCGCCAAUAAUUAUGCAAUCUGUGAAAAGUACGCAAGUACAGAAACCCGUUCUGCAGACGGCUAUUGCCCCGACGUCUCCUCAAAUACCUUCAUCACCAACUAGUACUACCCCGCCUGCCACCCAACCACCACCUCCAUCAUACAACGCAUCCAUUCAACAGAAGCAGUAUGCGAAGCCUGCAGCACCACUACCCACUCAAUCACCAACUGCUACAUCAAAUAACGUAACUGUCCCGACAACAGAACCGCCCAGCUACGCCAGUACCAUGCAAGCUAAGGCUAAAGCCGUGCAUAGAGGUAUUGGACAUUCGCCACUACCACCACCCCCAUAUUCAGAUGAUUCUCAUUGUGCUCAAGUGGCGACCGUCGAAAGCACCAUCUCACCGAGAGCCUCUCCACAUGUACAUCCUCCACUGCAACGGAAAUAUUCUCCAAUUAUUGAUCGUUCAGACAGUCCACAAUCGACGGCUUCUUCUGACGGUCGGCCUCCCUGUCCGGCAUAUCCAGACUCCAUGGCACCACCACUACCACCAACCGCUUCUUCAUCAGUUAGUUCGAAGAGUAAUUUGAUGAAUGGCAUGAACAAUAACGGAGAUCAUCAUCGAGAUAUCCCGCCGCAGUUGCCUCCUCACAAAAUUAAGCACCAGUCGCCAAUUCCCGAACGCAAAAAGAUCAGCAAGGAGAAAGAGGAGGAACGGCGCGAUGGCAAAGUGAAGAACUACUCGCCGCAGGCCUUUAAAUUCUUCAUGGAGCAGCAUGUCGAGAAUGUGAUUAAAUCUUAUAAGCAGCGUGUCUUCCGCAGGAUGCAAUUGGAGAACGAGAUGACCAAGAUUGGUCUGAGUCCUGAGGCGCAGAUGCAGAUGCGAAAGAUGCUUUCGCAAAAAGAGUCGAAUUACAUUCGGCUGAAGCGCGCCAAGAUGGACAAGAGUAUGUUCGUUAAGAUAAAGCCAAUCGGAGUGGGCGCUUUCGGCGAGGUGACACUGGUCAGGAAAAUCGAUACAAACCAUUUGUAUGCAAUGAAAACGCUGAGGAAGGCCGAUGUCCUGAAACGCAAUCAAGUGGCUCACGUUAAAGCUGAACGCGACAUUCUUGCGGAGGCAGACAACGAGUGGGUCGUUAAGUUGUACUAUUCCUUCCAGGAUAGUGAUAUCUUAUAUUUUGUUAUGGAUUACAUACCUGGAGGUGAUUUAAUGGCAUUACUGAUUAAAUUAGGAAUUUUCAAGGAAUCUUUAGCAAGGUUUUAUAUUGCUGAAUUGACUUGCGCAGUUGAAAGUGUUCACAAAAUGGGUUUUAUUCAUAGAGACAUAAAGCCAGAUAACAUUUUGAUCGAUAAAGAUGGCCAUAUCAAGUUGACGGAUUUCGGCUUAUGCACAGGUUUUCGGUGGACGCACAAUUCAAAAUACUAUCAACCCAAUGGCGAACAUGCCAGGCAGGAUAGUAUGGAACCUGUUGAUGAUUGGAACGAAGAAUGUCGUUGUAAGCCGCUGGAAAGAAGACGCUUAAUGGAGCACCAGCGAUGCUUAGCUCAUUCUUUAGUCGGAACACCCAAUUACAUAGCACCUGAAGUUCUCUUGAGAACCGGGUAUACUCAGCUAUGCGAUUGGUGGAGCGUGGGAGUCAUUUUAUAUGAAAUGCUAGUUGGAAGUCCCCCGUUUUUGGCAAACACACCUGCAGAAACGCAGUACAAGGUGAUUAAUUGGGAAACUAAAUUGAAUGUACCGAAAGAGCCGAAUCUAUCGAAAGAAAGUCAAGAUUUGAUAUUAAAACUGUGCUGUAGUGCUGAUAAGCGGAUAGGUAAAAAUGCUAGUGAAGUGAAAUCGCACGCUUUCUUUAAAGACAUAGACUUCGAUAAGGGGCUGCGAAAGCAGAAGGCACCCCACAUCCCGAAAAUCGAAUACGCAACGGACACGUCCAACUUCGAUCCGAUAGAUCCAGACAAGUUGCGCAAUUCGAAUUCGAUGGAUUCCACGAAUUCGGAUGACCUGCAGAUGACCUCCGAGCCGUUCCACGGAUUCUUCGAGUUCACCUUCCGCCGGUUCUUCGACGACGGAGGUGCGGUUCCCUUCAAUCGAUCCAUAAAUCUGGACGACAAUGACAACCAGGGUCCCGUCUACGUAUGAAACUACAGUUUCCCCGACAAAAGUGAUAAACUACAAUUUUAAGAUGUAACCCGUGGCCUUUAUCUUGCCUUAAUUAAAUAAUUUCAGCAGAAGGUAAGAAUAGAAUAUUUAUUUAUAUGAAUCGAGGGGUACAUGAGAAUGUUUUUUUUUUCAAAAAAAAAAAAAGAAAAUCCGGUGAAGUAGUAAUUUUAGAAAUAUGAGCUUCAUGCAAUUGGCUGGCCCUAAAAAUAAUAGCAAUCUUUGGGAGGAAACUAAUUACCAAAAUUUAUAUAUAUAAUAUACAGGGUAGUUAAAGAGAAAUAUAUUUUUAUAUAUAUUUAUUUAGAGAGAGAAAAAAAGGAAACUAAUGUGAUAAAUUUAUAAACGAGACGAAUUUGGUGAUUCAAUUUGAAAGUAUACGAAUGAAUGAAGUUGAUGUUUCCUCCCGCUCACUACAUACAAAUAUAUGUACCCUUUGAAGUUGCUAAGUUCACUAAAGUAUUUAGUUUUGACUCCAAAUAAAUUAUCCCGUAAUAACAGACACAAACACGAUGACCAUUUUGAUUAGAAAUCUUUAAAUUCUCUUGAUCUUUGCAAUCAUUUUUUGGUAUAUAAUAUAAUGCAUUCGAAUAUAUCUAUAUAUUUAUGUGACAUGCGAAAGGAUUUAACAAGACCGACAAUUAUCACAAUAAUCGACAAUAAAUAAUACACC